ACUCCCUUCAACUCUCUCUCAACAUUCCAGCUUUAAAAGCCUCAAUUCCCUCUCUCUCUCUCUCUCGUUCAAAUUGCAAGUCCAAUUUUGUUCUUUCAAAUCCUGCAUUCUCUCAUUUCCUGUGUAAAUUUCUAUCCCACAAAUCUGCAAUUUACCAAGAAAACAUUGAGAAAUCCCACCUGGUUUUGCUUGGAACCUCAAGAUUUUCUUUUCUUGAGAAAUCAAGAAGGAAAAAUCUCACCCACUUCUUCCAUUAUUCUUUCCUUUCCUGGGUAAAGAAUUUGCGUAUAUUGUCUCGAAAAUGGGAGACUCUUUCUACGCAAAUGACUCUGCGGCGAUUGCGGUAACAGGAAAAAUAAUGGUGGUGGCCAUAGUCAUCCUCUUCUUAGUCGUAGCCUUCGUCCUAUUCCUCCACCUCUACGCCAAAUGGUUUUGGCACCGUCGCCAAGAAGCCGCUGCCACCACCGCCACCGCCACCGCCACUCGCCGGCGCCGCCUCGACUUCGCGCCCGGCGCCGGCACUGCUGUCCGCAGCGGCCUCGAUCCGACACUCCUCAAAGCCCUACCCAUACUCAUAUUCAACCAUCAAGAAUUCAAAGACGGCUUGGAAUGCGCUGUUUGCCUCUCUGAAGUCUUAGACGGCGAAAAAGCUCGAUUAUUACCCAAAUGCAAUCAUGGGUUUCAUUUAGAUUGCAUUGACCUGUGGUUUCAGUCUCAUUCCACUUGCCCACUGUGUCGAAACCCGGUUUCGACCCAACCCGAGUCUCAACCCCGAGUUGAGAACUCAGCUGCUACUGCUGCUGGUCCUGUUGGGGUUUAUUCAACCGAGUCUCCGAAUUUUCCGACAAAUGUUUUGUUUUGGGGAAACCAGACUCGGGUUAGCACUUUGGGCGCCUGUUUGGAAGAAGCGCAUACUACUGCUGCUGCUGCUGCUGCUACUGCUACUGCUACUACUACUUCUCAUCUGCCUUCUUCUUCUUCUUCGUCUUUGUCGACUUCGACUUCGUCAAUUAAUAGGCCAGAUGGGUGUUUGGUUAUUGAUAUACCGAGGCAAAUUGUUGAUGAAGAAGAAGAAACAAAGUCGCCGGUGACUACGCGAUUGAGAUCAUUGAAAAGGCUUCUGAGUAGGGAUAGAAGGGUGAAUCCUUUUAGUCCCAGAAUUGAUACAGAACAACAAAUGGGUCGAGGUCAGAGUUAGCAUGAGAGUCAUUGUUUGAAAAGCAAUGAGUUUCGCUGCUGAUUGAUUUGGAAAUUUACCGAAAGGGUCUUGCUUCUUCAAUUUUGGAAACAAUUUCUUCGUGAAGUACUCCAUUGGAAGGGAUAUAUAUACUGUACAAAUUGACGGAUAGUAGCUUCUCUUGUUUGAGAGGUUGGAAAAAAGAUCCAACUUUCUCCUAUGGAAGAUGUAUUGAGGAUGUUUUUCUGCAUCCUCUUUUCUUUCUUUAUGUAUCUUUUGAGUAAUUGAAAUCCAUUAUUCAUGGCUUCGGUUUUUCCUCAAAACUCUUUUGAGGAGAAAUAUUCUAGGAUCUGUGGAUAAGGUCUUGGAUUUUCCUCUCAACGCUUUGAGAAAUUAUUCUAGGAUCUGUGAAGAAGCUCUAGAUUUUCUUUUCCUUUUCCUGAAUACUACUAGAAGAUGCCUUCAUAGAUCCAUGAUCCAAAGACGGUCUCAAAAGAGGAGAUCAGCUUUACUUUGAA